UGUGUUGAGAUCAUUAGACAGCUGAAGUAGGCAUUCCGUACGCAGAGAUAGAAGAAGAAGUAAAGAUGCUGCGGCACAAAUCUUACUGGGAAACUCUCGUUUUGUGCUUCCUCUGCCUUCUCUUCGUUCUCGAGAGAUUUGAAGGAGCUACGACUGUUCCAUCAGAAGUUGCCGCUUUGAAUGCGAUUCUGGGGAGAUGGGGAAGGACGGCAUCGGCGACGUCGUCGCCGGCGUGGAACAUCAGCGGAGAGCCCUGCACCGGCGCCGCCACCGACUCCACCGACAUCGUGAACACGGCCUUCAACCCCGGCAUCAAAUGCGACUGCUCCUACGACAACGGCACCACCUGCCACAUCACUCAACUGGAUCUAAAUCAAAAUUAUUUGACUGGUCCUUUGCCAGCAUUUAUUGGAAACUUGACAAAGUUGCAAUAUUUGGCUUUCGGUACAAAUGCAUUAUCAGGGUCCAUACCAAAGGAACUUGGCAAGCUCACAAGUCUUAUCUCGUUGAGUAUAGGAACGAAUAACUUCACCGGUCCAAUCCCUCUUGAGCUUGGAAAUCUGACCAAUCUUCAAAAAUUAUAUAUUAAUAGCUGUGGAGCAAGUGGUGAGUUCCCAUCAACGAUAUCAGGACUUAGCAGCUUGCAGGAAUUGUGGGCAUCUGACAAUAAUUUCACUGGCAAAUUUCCAGACUUUAGUCGGACUAGUCUAGUUAUAUUGAGGAUUCAAGGGAACUCUUUUGAAGGUCCAAUCCCUUCAAGUCUUUCCAAUAUGACCAAAGUGACUGAUCUGAGGAUUGGUGACAUACAAAAUGGGAGCUCAUCUUUGGCAUUCAUUCGUAAUCUAUCAUCACUAAGCAUAUUAAUAUUAAGGAAUUGCAGGAUAUCUGACAUUAUGCCAUCAGACUUUUCACGAUUCACUAGUUUGCAGAGAUUGGAUUUGAGCUUCAACAAUCUGACAGGCCAAAUUCCUCAGUCUCUCUUCAAUUUGAGCUUGCUAAGUUACUUAUUUCUUGGAAAUAACAGUUUAUCCGGUAGUUUGCCCACUGGCAAGAGCGAAUCACUUCUUAAUAUUGACUUAUCAUAUAAUCAACUGGGAGGAAGUUUCCCUUCUUGGGUUAGUGAACAAAAUCUGAAAAUAAAUUUGGUAGCCAACAACUUCGUGAUUAGUGGUUCCAAUAACAGUGUUCUGGCAUCAGGACUAAAUUGUUUGCAACGAGAUAUUCCUUGCAAUCAUAGGGCACCCAUUUAUUCCUCAUUUGCAAUAAAUUGUGGUGGUAAUAAAACCAUCACAUCUUCUGAUGGGACUCUGUAUGAAAUUGAUGGAAGAGCUCUGAGUAGUGCUUCUUAUUAUGUGACCGAAACAAACAAGUGGGCAGUUAGCACUGUUGGAAGCUUUCAAGAUGCCUCAAAUGCUGAUUAUACUCAAUACAGUUCGUCCCAGUUCCAGAAAACUCAAGAACCAGAGUUAUAUCAGACUGCAAGAAUUAGUCCCUCAUCUCUUAGAUAUUACGGGCUCGGCCUUGAGAAUGGAAAUUACACAGUCAUGUUGCAUUUUGCAGAGACACGGAUACCUGAUCCACCUACUUGGAAAAGUACUGGAAGAAGAAUUUUUGACAUUUAUAUCCAAGGGAAUCUUGUGUUGAAGGAUUUUGACAUAAGAGCUGAAGAAAAUUCAUUGACAGCUGUUACUAGAAAGUUCAUUGUUCCAGUGACAGAUAACUUUCUCGAGAUUCAUUUCUUUUGGGCUGGAAAAGGUACUUGUUGUGUGCCUGAUCAAGGUUAUUAUGGGUCAUCUGUCUCGGCAAUCAGUGUCAAUCCUGAUUUCACUCCUACUGUUAGCAACAAGCCACCAUCUAGUGCAUCAAAAAGUAGUAACAAAAGUACUAUUGUUGGCAUUUUUUCUGGCAUUGGAGCUUUAGUUCUACUUAUUGUCGGGAUUUUAAUCUAUUGGCAGAGGCAAAGACUCAGCAAGGAUGAUGAAGAUGAAUUGCUGGAAAUGAGUUCCAGGCCAGAUACUUUUAGUUAUGCUGAACUGAGAAGUGCUACUGAAGACUUUGACCCUUCCAAUAAACUAGGAGAGGGAGGGUUUGGUCCAGUAUUUAAGAAGGAUCAAAGAUCAUGUUUAAAUGUGUUCAUCUAG